UACGACCCCCCCCACGGGUUCGCCCUGGCCCAGCCCCGGCUCGACAAGAGCAACGGGGCCGCCAAAAAGGACUACCAGGCCUCGGGCUUUCACGCCAGGAAGGCGGCCCCGUUCGCCGCCCCGCACAAGAACCUGGGGCUGUCCGGCUUCCCCUCCGCCAGGGCUUAUUCCCAGCUCGCUCUGCAGCAGCUGAAGAAGAAAGCGGCGGCUCAGCACCUUGAAGGAGACGGCGACGGCCUCCGGAGCCACCCCGGGGGGCUGGAGGAGCUCCGGCAGAAGUGGAUGCUGGGCGGCGACGGCGGGAGCGCGGAGGAGGAGAUCCCCGCGGGCACGGAGGUGGAUCUGGGCGAGAGCAGGGCCCCCAGAGCCGUCACCAUCCCUCAGGCUGCCUUGGACCUCAAGAGGACGUUCAGGGACACCCUGAGGGCCACGGACCCGUCGGUGGCGUCGGAGGAGCAGCAGCAGCAGCUGAGGAUGAUGGUCCCCCUGGUCCUACUGGAGGAGGUGAACCUGCACCCCAAGGCGGCCAAGCGGCCGCGGGGGAAGGCGUUCAAGAGGAAGGCGAUGCUCCCGCCCCGGGAUUUCGUGACGGAGGAGCCCCUUCCCUUGGACGUGCUGCUCUUGGACGCUCCCCUGGAGGGUCCCCUGGAGCUCGACGACCUGCUGGACUCCGACGCCGGCAUGUUGAAGAACGAGGAGAGGAAGUGCCCCUACUGCCCCGACCGCUUCCACAACGGCAUCGGGCUGGCCAACCACGUGCGGGGCCACCUCAACAGGGUGGGCGUGAGCUACAACGUCCGGCACUUCAUCUCGGCCGAGGAAGUGAAGGCCAUUGAGCAAAAGUUUUCCUUCCAAAAGAAGAAGAAAAAAGUCGCCAACUUCGACCCGAGCACCUUCAGCCUGAUGCGCUGCGAGUUCUGCGGCGCCGGCUUCGACACGCGGGCGGGGCUCUCCAGCCACGCCAGGGCCCACCUGCGGGACUUCGGCAUCACCAACUGGGAGCUCACCAUCUCGCCCAUCAACAUCCUCAAGGAGCUGUUGGCCAACUCCUCGGAGCACCCGCUGCUGCAGGCGGCGCUGGGGGCCGAGCCCUCGUCGCCGGCCUCCCGGGCCGACCCGGUGCGCGACAUCCGCUGCGAGUUCUGCGGGGAGUUCUUCGAGAACCGCAAGGGGCUGUCGAGCCACGCGCGCUCCCACCUGCGCCAGAUGGGGGUCACCGAGUGGUCGGUCAACGGCUCCCCCAUCGACACCCUCCGGGAGAUCCUCAGGAAGAAAUCCAA